AUGGCUAGUGUUUCAACCGCCCCGGCACCUGGGAUGCAUCAAAUCGACUUGUCGAAGCUUAAUUUGAAUCAGUUGGCUCAACUGAAGCAGCAACUUGAUCAAGAGCUGAACGUAUUUCAAGACUCUUUACAAACGCUUAAAAUAGCUCAACGGAAAUUUGUAGAAUCUGGUGAGAGUGUUGAAAAACUUAAACCAGAAACAAAGGGCAGAACCUUGUUGGUUCCAUUAACAGGAUCAAUGUAUGUACCUGGCACAAUAGCCGAUUCAGAGAAUGUGAUCAUUGAUAUUGGGACUGGAUAUUAUGCCCAAAAAAAUGUUGCCGGAGCAAAGGACUAUUUUGAUAGGAAAGUGAAGUUUGUAACAGAGCAAAUGGAAAAAAUACAAGUCCUAGGAAUUGAAAAAACCAAAGUGCGAGAAGCAAUUUGUAUGAUGAUAGAAAUGAAAGUUCAAGCACAGGCACAGAAUACAUCAACAUCAUAA